AUGGUGAAGACGGUGAUAUAUCUGUUCAUAUGUAUUCUAUGUCUGCCAUCCCUGGUGAUUUUACAGUGCUCCAAUGGCACCUACACUCUUAAUAUGAUUAUACUGAAUGACACUUCAACAGAAUGGGAUGUAGAAGCUAUUAAACUAGCUGUAGAACUUGGCGUGUCAAAGCUCAAAAUUGACCUGGAAAAGGAAGGUAUGAGAAAAAAAUUAUAUGUUGACUACCAAGUGUAUACCACAGAUCUCUAUAUGACCCCAGGAUGUCUAUCCAGUGGCUGUGAAGGUGUAGAGAAACUGAAGUAUCUUAUGAAAGAGCGAUAUCUGGGAUGUGCCAUUCUUGGUCCAACUUGUACAUAUGCCACUUACCAGAUGCUCUCGUUGAAAAAGGAGUUUGCUGUCCCAGUAAUUUCAGCUGGAAGCUUUGGUUUGUCUUGUGACUACAAACAAUUUCUCACCCGCAUUUUAAUCCCAGCUAGGAAGAUAACGUACUUUUUUUAUGAGUUUUGGAAAUUUGAUGGGUACAAGCCAGUGUGGAAUUCUGUUUACAUCUAUAAAAGGGAUGGUCACAAAGAAUCCUGCUACUGGUACAUUAAUGCCUUAGAGCUAACUGUGUCCUAUUUCACUGGUGCGGUCAGCUUCAGAGAAAUCUUGAAGAAUGAAACUGACGUGGUAAAAGUUCUUGAAAAUUCAUAUCGAAAAAGCAAUGUUCUGCUGAUGUGUGGCUCACCUGGUACUGUUGAGAAUAUAACAAACAAAGUGAAAAUUCCUGAAGAAAUGGUCGUCAUUCUCAUUGAUAUUUUCAAUCCCGAGUAUUUUGAGAAUAAAACCUCUCUGCCCUAUAUGAAGAAUGUAUUGGUGUUAACCCUGCCUCAGUCAAAUUUUAGUGGAAUAUCUAACAGUUCUAACAUAACUCAACAGUUAAAAGAUGAUUAUGCUGCUGGAUACUUGGAUGGGGUUCUACUGUUUGGACAUGCAUUAAAAAGCAUUAAAAAUCAAAGUCAAGUCGAUUUUCUCCACAUGUUUAGUAACGUUUCCAUCCAAGGUUCUUCAGGUGAAAUAAUACUGGAUGAAAUGGGUGAUCGAGAUGAAAAUCUAACUCUAUUGUACAGCUCAGUGACAACCAAUAAUUAUACAGAAUUUCUUCAGUUUGACACUAGGACUAAUGGAACAUCCAUACUAGACAAUGCACCAUCAUUUGUAUGGAAGAAUCAUAGACUUCCUAGUGAUGUUCCUGGAAGUGGACCUAACAUCAUGACUAUUGCAGUCUUCGCCCUAACCAUAACUAUUAUACUUAUACUUAUCAUUGCACUAAUUGUUUUCAGAAAAUACCGCAAACAACAUGAACUGCAACAGAAAAGGUGGUCCCAUAUUGCAUCUGAGAAGAUUUUGCCACUGGAGACAAAUGAGACUUCUCAUGUCAGCUUGAAGAUUGAUGAAGAUAAACGCCGUGAAUCAAUACCAAGACUCAGACGGGGAAAAUAUGACAAAAAGGUAAUAUAACUGAAAGACUUGAAACAUGAUGGGAAUUUCACAGAAAAAAGAAAAUGGACCUUAACCAAACUUCUACAGAUAGAUUAUUACAACCUGACAAAAUUCUAUGGAACUGUGAAGAAGGACGCUAUGAUAUAUGGUGUUAUUGAAUACUGUGAAAGAGGUUCACUUCGAGAAGUUCUCAAUGAUAAAAUAUCCUACCCAGAUGGCACGUUUAUGGACUGGGAAUUUAAAAUCUCCGUUAUGUAUGAUAUAGCUAAGGGUAUGUCCUAUCUACACUCAAGUAAAGCUGAGGUCCAUGGCAGACUUAAGUCAACAAACUGUGUAGUUGAUAGUCGUAUGGUAGUGAAAAUCACUGACUUUAUUUGUAAUUCCAUUAUGAGUCCUAAAAAAGAUUUGUGGAUGUGUCCUGAACAUAUACGCCAAGAUGGGGUUUCUCAGAAAGGUGAUGUCUAUAGCUAUGGAAUCAUAGCACAAGAAAUUAUUUUGAGAAAAGAGACGUUUUAUACUGAACAAUGCUAUGACGAUAAAGAAAAAAUUGAAAAAGUGAAAAAGAAUAAUGGAGACUGUCCAUUCCGACCAGACCUUCACCUGGACACAGCAGAGGAGUGGGAGAUUGAGGUUUAUAUUCUUGUGAAAAAUUGCUGGGAAGAGGAUCCCGAGAAGAGGCCAGACUUUAAGAAAAUUGAAAGUACAUUGGCAAAGAUCUUUAGCAAUUAUCAUAACCAGACAAGUGAGAGUUAUAUGGACACCUUACUGAGGCGAUUGCAGCUCUACUCCAAAAAUCUAGAGCACUUAGUAGAGGAACGUACCAAGCUGUACAAGGCAGAAAGAGAUCGUGCUGACCGCUUGAACUUUAUGCUUCUACCAGGGCCUGUGGUAAAAUCCCUUAAAGAAACAGGAUUGGUCGAGCCAGAGUUUUUUGAAGAAGUCAGCAUUUAUUUCAGUGAUAUUGUUGGAUUUACUACAAUCUGCAAAUAUAGUACACCUAUGGAGGUUGUGGAUAUGCUGAAUGAUGUGUACAAAGAUUUUGAUCGCAUUUUAGAUCAUCAUGAUGUCUACAAGGUUGAAACAAUUGGAGAUGCUUAUAUGGUGGUCAGUGGUCUUCCUAAUCGAAAUGGAAAUCGACAUGCAGUAGAUAUAUGUAGGAUGGCUUUGGAUAUUCUUAGUUUUAUGGGGUCUUUCGAAUUGAAUCAUUUGCCUGGUUUACCUGUAUGGAUCCGGAUUGGAAUUCACUCAGGACCAUGUGCUGCUGGUGUUGUUGGAAUUAAGAUGCCAAGAUACUGCCUUUUUGGUGACACUGUUAAUACAGCUUCACGGAUGGAGUCUACAGGAUUACCUUUACGAAUACAUGUAAGUAAAUCAACCAUUUCCAUUCUGAAGAGGACAGACUGCAAAUUUCAGUAUGAAGUAAGAGGAGAAACUUAUCUCAAGGGGAGGGGUACAGAGACAACAUACUGGCUUACAGGAGAAAAGGAUCAACAGUACAACCUCCCUACACCUCCAUCUGUGGAAAAUCAGCAGCGUCUACAAUCUGAUUUUGCGGAAAUGAUUAAGGAGUCAUUGAAAAAGAGAGAAGAAGAGGGCUACGAAAUAAGACCACUGACUCGUGUGGCAAGUUAUAGAAGUGGUACACUGGAAUACCUACAGAUAGCCAAAAGUGGACCGCCAAGCACUUAUCUGUAA